CGUUGAAUUCACGAGAACGUACAUCACAAGCAAAACAUCUCUUACUUAUCUGUGACUUGAAGCUAUUUCGUUUUCCAUCCUUCGUCCCCGUUUCAUUUUCAAACUCGCUUCUUAUUCAAAAAAAGCCCUAAAGCCUAAUGUCGAAGUUAACUCGUCAACCACCUCCUCCCAUGACCUCUCAACAAUAUUCUUUCCUUAAAUAUAUACAUUCUCUUCCUUCUCCUCUCUAGAAUCCCACCACACAUCUCCGUCCGGUACGAUGAUCCGUUCUUCUCUCUCCGUAAUUCUUCUCUUUCUCUUCUUGUCUGCUUCUUCCGCUGAGCAUAAUGCUCGAACGGAGCGAAUCUCAGGAAGUGCUGGUGAUGUAUUGGAGGAUAAUCCAGUUGGGAGGCUUAAGGUUUAUGUAUACGACCUCCCAAGCAAGUACAACAAAAAGUUACUUCAAAAAGACCCUCGUUGUCUUACGCACAUGUUUGCUGCCGAGAUUUUCAUGCACAGGUUCCUCUUAUCUAGUCCUGUCCGAACGCGUAACCCCGAUGAAGCUGAUUGGUUCUACACUCCCAUUUACCCCACUUGCGAUCUCACUCCUACCGGCUUGCCAUUGCCAUUUAAAUCUCCGCGUAUGAUGAGAAGCGCCAUACAACUAAUCUCAUCGAAUUGGCCUUAUUGGAAUCGGACAGAAGGUGCUGAUCACUUCUUUGUCGUGCCACAUGACUUUGGUGCCUGCUUCCAUUAUCAGGAGGAAAAGGCCAUUAAAAGAGGGAUUCUUCCACUACUCGAACGUGCCACUUUGGUUCAGACAUUUGGUCAGAGGAACCAUGUGUGUUUGGACCAAGGCUCAAUCACUAUUCCACCUUUUGCACCACCACAGAAGAUGCAAGCCCAUUAUAUUCCUCCAGACAUCCCACGCUCUAUCUUUGUCUACUUCCGCGGUCUGUUCUACGACGUCAACAACGAUCCAGAAGGUGGCUAUUACGCAAGAGGCGCAAGAGCAGCUGUGUGGGAGAACUUCAAGAACAACCCUCUAUUCGACAUCUCAACAGACCACCCGACAACAUACUACGAAGACAUGCAAAGAUCCAUCUUCUGUCUAUGUCCUCUAGGAUGGGCUCCAUGGAGCCCGAGGCUAGUUGAAGCGGUUGUGUUUGGGUGCAUUCCAGUUAUCAUAGCUGACGACAUAGUACUGCCUUUCGCAGACGCUAUCCCCUGGGAAGAGAUAGGAGUCUUUGUUGCGGAAAAAGACGUUCCUAAACUAGACACGAUCCUUACCUCAAUACCAACGGAAGUGAUCCUCAGGAAACAGAGACUUCUGGCGAAUCCUUCGAUGAAACAAGCCAUGCUGUUUCCUCAACCGGCUCAACCGGGGGACGCGUUCCAUCAGAUACUUAACGGGUUAGCGAGGAAGUUACCUCACGACAGAAGCAUAUACUUGAGGGAAGGUGAGAAGGUUCUGAACUGGACCGCUGGUCCUGUUGGUGACCUUAAACCUUGGUAAAAUUCAGAAGGCGUUGGCUGUUUGAGAGAAGAGCAUAUGUUGUUUAUGUUCAAUUACGUACAAAAAACAGUUGUGCUCCUUCUCUGGUGGAUUAUUUUUGUAGAUCACAUUAGUAGAGAAGUGGAGCUACAUGGGUCAAGUUGAAUGUACACCUUUUUGUGGAUCAUACUACUCUUUGUUGUUUUCACAAUUUCACAUUGUUAACUCGUAAUGUCCAAUAAUCCAAAAGCCAAAAAGUUUAAUUAA